AUGAUUACUCCAGCCCUUAGACUCAUGAGAGCUCCUGCUGCUCGUACCAUGGCCACCGCUGCCACCACCAAGGCCCCACGCAUCAAGAAGUUCCAAAUCUACCGAUGGAACCCAGACACCCCCGAAAAGAAGCCCGAGCUCAAGACUUACGAGGUCAAUCUCAGCGAUUGCGGUCCCAUGGUUCUCGACGCUCUGCUCAAGAUUAAGAACGAGCAGGAUGCUACCCUGACGUUCCGCCGAUCAUGCCGUGAAGGUAUUUGCGGUUCCUGCGCCAUGAACAUUGAUGGUAACAACACUCUUGCAUGUCUCUGCCGUAUUGACACCAACCUGUCCAAGCCCAAGAAGAUCUACCCUCUCCCUCACAUGUUUGUCGUCCGUGACCUUGUCCCUGACUUGACCCAUUUCUACAAGCAAUACAAGUCCAUUGAGCCCUACCUUCAGCGUUCUGAGGUCCCUGCCGAUGGCAAGGAGAACCUCCAGUCUAUUGCUGACCGCAAGAAGCUUGACGGUCUUUACGAGUGCAUUCUCUGUGCCUGCUGCUCUACUUCCUGCCCUUCGUACUGGUGGAACUCUGCUGAGUACCUUGGUCCUGCCGUCCUCAUGCAGGCUUUCAGAUGGAUGAUUGACUCUCGUGAUGAGCACGGUGAUCACCGUCGCGAUCGUCUCCAGAACUCCAUGUCUCUUUACCGUUGCCACACCAUUAUGAACUGCUCCAGAACCUGCCCCAAGGGUCUUAACCCUGGUCUUGCCAUUGCUAAGAUCAAGAAGAGCAUGUCCUUCACCGCUUAA